ACCAAGGACAACAGCAGCGACUUCUUCUCCAUAGUGGGUGGGGAGGGGAGCGUCCGGCGAGCGAGAGGUAGACGAAGGAGAAGCAAUGGCUCGCGCGGGGCAAGGAGGUGGGAUGGGGAGCGCGGUGAACGUGGGGAUCGCGGUGCAGGCCGACUGGGAGAACCGCGAGUUCAUCUCCAACAUCUCCCUCAACGUCCGCCGCCUCUUCGACUUCCUCCUCCGAUUCGAGGCCACGACGAAGAGCAAGCUGGCGUCGCUGAACGAGAAACUAGACGGCCUGGAGCGGAAGCUGGAGGUGCUGGAAGUCCAAGUGAGCAGCGCCACCACCAACCCCUCCGUUUUCAACAACUAGCUAAGCCUAAUUAGCUAGAAGAAGUGUUAGCACGCGGAAUUGCAGCUGCAGAGCUUACUCACGUUUCGAGGAGCAUUCUGGCUUUGUGUUGUGUGUUUCCUGUGUAUGUGCAGUCAAUCAGUCUAUGUGUGUAUGUAUGUAUGUAUGAACAUGCCAUGUACUCCAAUUAAUCGAUUGAGAUGUUAAUUACUUA